AAUAUUAGUCGCAUAAACGCCUUUAAGACGUCAAUGUUAUAUUUGUAUUAUAUUUGUAUUGUUUAUACAAUCAUACAAAACCCGAAAACUAAGAUAAAUAUGUAAAAGAGGAAGUAGAGUAUAUAAAUUGCACUUACUCUGAGACAUCCUUGAGGUAGUCUGUAUACUGAUAAAGCGGUACUCUACUAUAAAUAUAAAAUAUACUUUAGGUACUGGUCUAAAGUGACUAAUAAUUUAUAAUUAAGUGUUGGAGUAGAGACAUGGAUUUGGAUUCACAUUACAUAGAGAUUUGCAAAGCAAACAGUGGGGCCAUUAGAUUUCAAGUCAAGUCUAAUUCAGGAUGUGCACAACUUUAUUUAUCUGGAAUAAAUCCACCACACAAAGACCUUUUUGAUAUAACUUUAUCUCUUGAAUCCAGAAUUGGAAACCUGGAGACCAGAAAUAUGGACAGCACCUCGGCUGUAACUCCCUUCAUUAACUUGAUAGAACAGUUUCAAGAGUUAUGGCUGACCUGGUACAAUGGUGACAUUUGUUUGGGUUUUGGUGAUAACCCAGAGCCCUUCCUUAGAUACAAAUAUCAAAAUAAUGAAAACGAAAUGAUUGGAUACAUCAAAUUUGUUAAAAAGCUUUCAUUGACAGAGUGGAUAUAUGAAAAAUCUCCAAUCAUAUCAGAAGCCUUACAACCGAAGAAGUUAUGUAGUGGAGAAUUACGAUGGGUAACCCUUAUUGACCAUAAGUUACCACCGGACGCUUUGAUAGCGGGGUUUGAAAAAGAGCCUCUAUAUAUUGCGUGUGCACUGCAUGGGCAUUCUAUGUGUCCGGGAAAGUAUGUGCCGUCGAAACGGAAAGCUUUCGUGCCGUGGGGCGGCAGGGAACAUGCGAAGGAUGAUUUCCAGGUGCUCUGCGGCUACAACGCCACUUGGGUAAAAACUGGCUCAAACAAGAUACCCCAAAAUGCUUUCAUCGGCGGCAUUUCCGAAGUGAGACAGGAGCCCCUUUACAUAGGAAGGGCCGUGCACGAAGGCAACCUUAUCAAUGGCAAGAUACACGUCAUAUACCAUACCUGCUACAUACCCUACGAGGGUAAGGAGGUUGAGAUAUACGAUCAAUUUGAAGUUUUAGUGUUGCCGGACCAAAAUUAUCGUGGAAUUUUGGGAAUGCCCGAAUUUGAUAUGUGAAUUCAAAUGUACCUAUAGUACCUAUCUUAGAUUUGUUGUAAAGUUUUCUUAAUUACUUCUGUAAAAUAAUGUAAUAUAUGUAUAAAUUUAAGAAUUAUUUAUAAAUAUAAGCACAAUAAUUACAAUUAGUAUUAAAAGUCAUAUAUUGAUCCA